AUGUUGACUAUCGCGGAGGCUUCUGGCCUCAUCGCUGCAGGCGUGAUGAUCUGUGGCUGCCUCGAAUCAGUGAAAGACGGUGGACUGAUCAAUCACAAGUCCAGGUCGGUGGUCAAUCGCGCCAUCUCGACAACAUUAUGGCCACACCUCGUCCGCUCCGACGGGGUCAACAUGCGCCACACACCAAUGCGUAUCAGAUUCCCAGGCUGUGCUGCAACAAUAGGUGCCAUACUACUGGUUGUGGCGAGCGUGUUGACACCUUUUGGUCUGUACGAAGAGAUCGACGCAGGGUCAUCCCAAUCACUCGCAUUCUAA